GCGAGAGAGGCGUGCGCAUCAUUGUCUUUUUUAUGCAUCCUCACACAAAUGAGUUUUUCACCAGGACAACGCAAACACUCGAUCAUCGAGGACUAGUUCUUCCUCAAAGUGAUGUUUUUUCACUCAGGUAGAAAGUUGUAAUUCCAAGUGAUCGCCAUCAUGGAUUCCUGGAUCUUCCCAUCAAGUCUCCCGAACAUGUCGGAGCAGAUCAUGGACGACUGCUUCCUGCCGCUGAACGAAUCAGAACAGCAGAUGAACGACACAGACCAGAGCUUCAACGGUACCAGCACCGUGGUCAUCACUUGCAUGUACUUCUUGGUGUGCGCCAUGGGCCUGUGCGGGAACGCUUUGGUCAUCUACGUCAUCCUGCGCUACGCCAAGAUGAAGACCGUCACCAACAUUUACAUCCUCAACCUGGCGGUGGCCGAUGUACUUUUCAUGCUGGGACUACCUUUCAUCGCAAUUCAGCUGGCACUCGUCCACUGGCCCUUCGGUCCGGUUUUGUGCCGCGUGGUGAUGACUGUGGAUUCCCUCAAUCAGUUCACCUCCAUCUUCUGCCUGACGGUAAUGAGCGUGGACCGCUACCUGGCUGUGGUGCACCCCAUCCGCUCCACCAAGUGGCGCAAGCCCCGCGUGGCUAAGACCAUCAAUGUGGCAGUGUGGGGAGUUUCGCUCCUGGUCAACCUGCCCAUCGUCAUCUACAGCGGCGUCAUCACCAAACACGACGGUUGCUUCUGUACCAUCGUAUGGCCCGAGCCUCAAGAGGCCUACUACACCGCCUUCAUGUUUUACACCUUCAUCCUGGGCUUCUUCCUGCCACUCCUAGUUAUCUGCCUGUGCUACCUGCUCAUCAUUAUCAAGGUCAAGUCAACGGGCAUUCGAGUCAGCUCUUCGUCCAAGCGCCGCCGCUCGGAGAGGAAGGUGACCCGAAUGGUGUCUGUGGUGGUGGCCGUUUUCGUCCUGUGCUGGCUGCCAUUCUACGUCUUCAACGUCACCUCGGUGACGGGGACGCUCAGCACCACGCCGGUGCUGCGCAGCACCUUCGCCUUCGUGGUGGUGCUGGGCUACGCCAACAGCUGUGCCAACCCUAUCCUCUACGCCUUCCUGUCGGAGAACUUCAAGAAGAGCUUCCAGAACGUUCUGUGUCUCAAGAAGGUGGGCGGGCUGGACGACGUGGAGCGCAGCGACAGCCGCCAGGACAAGUCCCGCAUGAUGGCAGACCCCACCGAGACGCAAAGUACUUUGCUUAAUGGCGACCUGCAGACCAGUAUCUGAUCCGCUUUGAUCUACUCACUUUUGAAGGUUUGCUACAAUGGCAAAAGACAACUACCAGGAAGUAGGCAGAGCUCUGCGGCAGCUGACGGGGCAAGCCCGGGAAGAUGGCCAACCUUAAGGAGACUCUGUUGAAUAGCGUCAUGCAAACCAGUAUCUGAUCCGGACGUACUACUUGUUUAGCAUGAUUCUGCUUGCUGUUGAUAUUUUUGCUCUUUUGAAACAAAGCACCAAGGCUUGGUGCCAGAUGCGUGAUGCCUAACCUCGCAGACACCUUGCUCAAUGGUGACCUGUAGACCAGGGGUCCCCAACCGGUGUGAUUUGGGUCUUUUUUUCACGGACAGGUGUUCUGUCUCGUUGAGACGAGAUGGUCCCGAGAUAGGAGAGUGAGAGAAGCCCGCUUCACAAAGAUACAAUGUUGGAAAUUGUAGCACAGUUUUCAGUGCUCUCCUAGCAAUGUCAGGAUAUUCCGAAAUGACUUUAAUCCAGAACCUCGGUCGAGUUGUUGUCUCAAAUGUACGUUUCAGGUCGCCGUGAUUUGCGAUCUCGACGAGCUGAUAUUCCUAUUGCACAGACGGGUCAAGAAUCCGCUCCUUCGCAGUUCGUGGGUCUUUAGUGAUUGGGAAGUAGCAUACAUUUUGUUUUCUUCAAGGUUGUAGGCUCAUCUUCUGGCUCGUCAGGUUCCCUUUUCCCCAUAAAAAAUCUGUCCAAAGACGUCUGUUUUUCAGUCAUUCCAGUGUGGGGGAUAAUUAUUUUGGGGAACAAAUGUAAUGGGCGACGACCUACGUCAUAUGGCAUUAUCGAGGCCAAGCGCACAUAGCUGUACAAAACAAGAUGUACUGCUAACAGUCCAAUCAAUGCAUUUCUAUGACGACCUCCUAUCCUGUUGAUGUAUAUCUAGAGUAGACAGGGAUAUUGGUGCGUUAAGCGGCACAGGCCAAAGUCAAUCGGCCAGAAUGCAGUUGUUAAUAAAUUAUUUAUUAUUUCUGCGCGGCCCAGUACCAAAUGCGCUACAGACCGGUACUGGUCCGCGGCCCCGUCGUUGGGGACCCCUGCUGUAGACCACUACGUGAGUUGAUAAGGCUUAUUUACACCAGUAUUUACACAAGGAAAGGCCGUAAUUCACUUUCUUUGCUCCGCACCAUAUGCAGUUCCCUUUUCACUUUGCAAUUUGAGCAAGCGAGGAUUUGAGAACAAACCUAUCCAUGUGCAAAAACGGUCAAUUAUUGGACAAAACGCUCUGGGUUGGGCAACACGGUAAAAUAAGGGAGUAAACAAUCACGGAGCUCCAGAGAACUGCAAAUGAGCUCAUUCGUUUUAUCUAAUUCCAAGCGUUUGCGGGAAAUUUGGAGCAUCAGAGGCCUUUGAUGCCACGUUCAUUUGACAAGGACAGAAGAUAUUCCACGCUGAAACCCUAUUCAUAUUAGUCAAUGUAAUGCUCACAACAGACUGUGAUGCUAACCAAUCAACUAGAGUUGUCCGAUAUUAUCGGUAAAAGUAUUUUUUAAAUGAUGUCGGAUAAUAUCGGUAUCUGUUUUUCAAUAUCGGAUUUGGGCCAAUAAGCAUAUUGCCUUCAAGGUGAACAUUUACAGGCAUCUCUAAUAUUUUCAAGUGGGAGAAUUUGCACAAUUAGUGGUUGACUAAAUACUUAUUUGCCCCACUGUAUGUGAAUGGCCACAGUCGGAUUUUUGGGGGAUUUUAUGGGUGAAACAUGGUAAUGUAACAAGGGUCGCGAUGCAGAAACCGCAGACAUCAAGGGGUGUUUGAGAUUUUCUUUUUCAUAUAUUUACCCUUUUAAACAUUUUUUCCAAUUUUUCUUUGUUUGGAUCGAUUAUUUAUCAUCUGACAUAUCGGAAAAAAUGCGACAGUAACAAUAAAAAUACAACUAAGCUAAGAUAGAGGUAGAUAUCUGGCUUUUUUACAAACACCAUUUUUUGUUUAAAAGUUUAAAAU